GGCUAACAAAAAUACAUUUGUUCUAGAAUUAUUAUAAUGAUAGACGUUAAAUCACAUCAUGUCUUCUUCUCUUUCCUGCUGGUAACAUUUGUUUUGGCCGUUGGAUGGCUUUUCACUGCCAGAAUGUUGAGGCAGCCGAGCUUCCUCCUCACUCUCACUAUAUAACCGAGAGGAAGAAGGAUGCAGCAGAGCAGAAGACAAAAUUAAUUUUGCAGGAGAAGAGAGGAAAGAAGAAAGCAGUGAGGCGAGCCAUGAGCAAAGCUGAAGACUUUAAGCUCUUCAAAAUCCAGACUGUGGUCCUCAAAGUGCACAUACAUUGUGAUGGAUGCAAGCAAGAGGUCAAGAAGCUACUUCAGAAAAUUGAAGGAAUAUACACUGUCAUCAUAGACGCAGAGCAGCAAAAGGUCACGGUCGCAGGGGAUGUGGACUCCGGCACCCUGAUCAAGAAGCUGGCCAGGUCAGGGAAGCAUGCAGAGCUCUGGCCUCACAAGUCCACCAGCCAAAGCAACAGGCCCAGCCACCCACAGCACCAGCAGCAGCACCUGCAGCAACAUCAAGCCAAGGAUGGGAAGAAGAAGAACAACAACUGGAACAAAGGCCAAAGCGACCAAGCCCUCAUCCAAGGCCUCAAGGCCUUCAAGCACCAGCACAGCACGGCUGACUCCUUCAGUUCAGACAAUGAAGACUUGGAAAGGGACGACUUUGACGAUGAGGAUGAAGAUGAUGAGAAUCUGGGCCUUGAUCUAUUGAAGAAGCUGAAGCUGCCCAAUAAUGCUGCGGGUGCCAAGAAAACUCUGCACACUGGUGGGAAUGGUAACAAAAGGCCUGGGGAAACUUAUCCCAAUCGACCUACUGGAUCGCAGUACUCAAAUAUGCCACAGGCAAAGGGAUUAAAUGCUGCACAACCAAACAACAGAAUGGCUAAUAAUGGCCUCAUGGGCCUAGCAGCUCUGCAAGGACAUGGUCUCCAGGCUCAGCACCAGCUGGGUGCAAACUUUUCCACAGGUUUCCCAACUGCUGGAAAUCACCAAGCACCUCUGAUGGUGAACUUGCAGGGCCAGGGGUAUCAAAACCAACCAUCCUCCAUGAUGACGAACUCGAGGGGGAUGAACAACCCCAUGGCCAACAUCAACAACAGCAGCAUGCUGAUGAACGAGAGCAGGUUCAUGCAACCCCAAGUGAUGUACAAUAGGUCUCCACACAUACCCCCCUACACCGGCUACUACUACCCAUGUCCUUACUACCAAAGUCUGUACUAUAACCAUCAUCCAGAGACCGGGGGAGGAGUAGGCCAUGGCGAUCAUCAUCCUCUCAGCGAUGAAUGCAGCAGCGGUUGUGUGGUAAUGUAAUGUCAUUAUUGCUGUAGGGGAAUGUGAUGAAGUGUGCACUGUUUCUCGUCACUUGGCUUUUGUUUUCUGCUAGGGGGAAGGGAAAAAAAAGUAAGUCCUAAUGACUUCAGUGUGGGGACUGUGUUUGACACUCGAUGCCAGUGCAGAAUAUUUACUUCAUGCAGCUAUUGAUGCAUUGCCAUCCUGUCUUACUCAUCCGUCUGUAUUAACGCUUGCCACUAUGCUUAAUUGAUGUGGGGUUUUAGCUUUGAA